AUGGAGCAGGGUUAUGAGAAGCGUCUUUUGGGGUCGCCGUACAAAUCGCCUGUUAAGCCCGUAAGCCCUCUGACAACGCCAUUGAAGGAAAACUACCUCGACCGCUACAUUCCAUCUCGUUCCAACGCUAAGUGGAAAAACCCCUCGUUUGAAGUUUCAAGGUGCCUGUUUCAGUCAUCAUCCUCUCAGUCAUCUGCAAGCGGCGCAGGACAACAAGCAGAUGGAUCAGCUUCGUCUACCUCAGACAAUAGUAAUGUUGGGAUGAACAAUACUGUGGUGGCUUCAUUUCGUGGCAGUCUGUCAAGCCAUAAUGCCAGUGCUUCCCUUCAUCGCACCUAUUCAGAUUCCACUAACAACGACUGCCCCCCACAGUUGGCUAUUGUGUCGGCUCUUGUGCACAAUGAACUUGUUGAAUGUAACGAAACACAAAGCCAAAAUUCAUUAAAUGAUUCGUCUAUCAAUGACACAACAAUUUUAGCGCCCCGAGAAAAUUUUAACAUGUUUUCUUACAAAAUUAGGAAGGAAAGUCCUUGCAAACUGAAGUCAUCUCCAUACACUUUAUCCCCGGUAUCAGAAAAAAGUCAGCGACUUCUUCAAAGCCCUCAGAAGCACCAUCGUCAGAUCCCUCGAAUGCCCUACAAGGUACUUGAUGCCCCAGAUUUACAGGAUGAUUUCUACCUCAACCUUGUUGAUUGGUCCUCUCAAAAUAUGCUUGCAGUUGGAUUAGGGUCUUGCGUUUACUUGUGGAAUGCAUAUACGAGUCAGGUGACUCGUCUUUGUGAUUUUACCGAAGAUACAGACGCGAUCUCCUCAGUGGCUUGGACGAAAAAGGGUACAAACUUAGCCGUAGCGACGUACCGUGGUCGCGUGCACAUUUGGGAUGUUGUCGCCAGUCGAUGCGUUCGUCGUUUGGAGGGCCACGUAGCGCGCGUCGGGGCUCUCGCAUGGAAUGGUGAUCUCCUUGCCUCAGGUUCACGCGAUCGUCAAAUCCUCCUCCGUGAUAUUCGUUCCGGUCCAACCUCAGGCGGCGGACUAACACACAACCCUAAUGCCGGCUGGUCUGGCCUUGAAGCCCAUUUCGAGGCGUCUCCGCCGUCCGCAUCGACUUCGCUAGUCAGCGUUGAUCGUGAAUUGCUAUCCAACUCGGUUCGGGCGUCCAUUUUCGGAAGCGGUGGUGGCAGUAGUGCAGUCGACGGUGGCGGCAGCUCCUCUGCCACACCUAACUACACCGGCGCUAUACCCUCCGACCUGGGAAAUACCUGCCCUGGGAGUGUGCGCGUCCUCAAGGAUCAUCGACAAGAAGUGACUCUUUUUGCCUGCGAAGAAGAUGCGUACUCAGGUGCCAACAAGUGUUUCUAUUUCGUCGCGUUGUUCCCCCUUAAGGUCUGCGGUCUGAAGUGGUCACCGGACAACCAGUACUUGGCCUCCGGCGGCAAUGACAACCGUCUCUUGGUGUGGAGCCAGCAUGUGGCGAAUUUGGCGGGACCCGUACUGGCUUACGAGGAGCACGUGGCCGCGGUAAAGGCCAUCUCUUGGUCGCCCCACCAACACGGCCUCCUCGCCAGUGGCGGGGGCACAGCCGACAGGUGCAUUCGCUUCUGGAACACCCUCUCCGGGCAGCCGCUGCGCUCCAUCGAGACUGAGAGUCAGGUGUGUAAUCUGGCGUGGUCGGCGCACAGCAACGAGUUGGUGAGCACACACGGGUACUCGCAGAACCAGAUUCUGGUGUGGCAGUACCCCUCGCUGCGCCAGUUGGCCAAGCUCACCGGCCACUCCUCGCGCGUCCUCUACCUCGCCGUCUCACCAGAUGGCGAGAACAUCGUCACCGGGGCGGGGGAUGAGACUCUGCGCUUCUGGAAUGUCUUUUGUCGGGCCAAAACGCCCAAGGUACGCGUUUCUACUACCCACCUGUCGUGUGUUAAGUAG